GUCUGUUGUGCGAUGAGCGUCAAGGAAAUCGAGUCUCUUCGGUUGCUCGUCAAAGAUGCAGCAGCUAAAAAUCUUCUACCGACUGCAGCUUUUUUCUGUGAGAAAAUCAUCUGCUUGCCUGGGAAAACAGAUGAGGAUCACUACAACCUGGCUCGCCUCUACUUUCAACAGAAGCAGUUCAAGCGAGCGCUAGUCACACUUCAGAAGGCUUCCUCAAAUGAUUCUCCAAACUUUCGGUUGUUGGCUGGACAGUGUCUGGCAGAAAGCAAGGAGUAUGAGCAGUGCUUGAGCGUGUUGGGAGAAGAGGACGAUACUGCUAGCGCCAGUGACAUGAUGGAUCAGAAUGACGGAAUUGAAGUCUCGGCUGCUAUGAAUCUUCUACGUGGCAAGGUUUACGAUGCUCAACAGAACAGAGUGAAGGCAGCGUUCUGGUACAAGAAGAGCCUUCAACGAGAUUACAGAUGCUACGAGGCCUUCGAGAAGUUGAUAGAGAGCCACAUGUUGUCAUCUCAAGAGCAAGCCGAUCUUUUGAAUACCCUCCACUUCAAAGACAGCGAAGUUUGGCUGCAGGCGAUGUACAAGAGCAGGAUGGAAAAAUAUGACUUGUCAGUCGACAAACCGUUGCAGCUUGAAGACUGCGGGGCAGAUGUCAAGCAAAGUGCCUGCUCCAUCUUUGACUCUAGCAUAGACUCGAUGACAAUCGUAGCCGAGUUCUAUUACUAUCACAACGAUUUCAGACAGUGUUACAACCAAACCAAGAAAAUCCUACAGAUCGACCCCUUCGCUAACUGCUGUCUGGCUUACCAUCUUUCUUCUCUAGUGGAGUUGAAGUUGGCGUGGUAUGCUGUGGGCUGCUACUACUUCUUGACAAAGAAGUUCGACCAAGCAAGGCGAUUCUUUCAGAAGUCAACAUCGAUGAACAACUACUUCGCUCCUGCUUGGAUGGGCUACGGACACACUUUCUCUGCUCAGGACGAGAGCGAUCCUGCCUUAGCGGCAUAUCGCACGGCAUCGCGAUUCUUCAGCGGCAGUCAUCUCCCCCCCCUGUGUAUUGGCAUGGAGUACGCCAAGUCUGGAAACCUUCAGGUGGCGGAUCAAUUCUUCUCGCACGCCUUGAGCAUAUGCUCGGUGGACCCGCUAGUGUACAAUGAAGUUGGUGUCCUCCGUUACUACCAAGGCUGCUACGAUCAGGCGGCAAAGGCAUUCGAGAAGGUCUUGGAGCUGUGCCAGGACGACGAGUCUAGCGUAUGGGAAGCAACCUUCUUCAAUCUUGGGCAUUGCUAUCGCAAGAUGAACAGCUUCGACAACGCUCUGGCCAUGUACCACAAGUCUCUACGAUGCUCUCCUCGCACAGCCAGCACAUACACGGCGAUCGGCUUUACGCAUCACCUGAAGCGGGAGUUUGAUACCGCAAUAACUUUCUACCAUAAGGCACUCGGGAUCUCUGCGGACGAUGCUCUCACUACGGAGAUGCUGGAGAGAGCUUUAAGAGAAGCGAGUUACUUUGGCUCUGUCACUCCCUCCUUUUAAGCGCAUGAACUUGCUGUCAUCUUCUUC